GCUACACCCACAAGUACAGACCCCCAGCAUAUAAAGCCCACACACAGGAUCCACAGUGUCUUCAGACGUGUGACUCCGGAGAGAAGACUUACGAAGGCUCCUGUAUUACAGAUCAGCACUGUGGUGAGUGAAUGACCUAAGAGAGCGGGAUCCAGAAGGGAGCAGAGAUGGAGCAGGAAACAGAGUCAACAGAAGGUCAGGUUGCAGAAGAGAAGCAGCUGACAAAUCUCAGCAAAGUGCUUCAGAAAGCAGGGCUAGAAAAACAGAGAAUUAAACGGGCUAAGAAGAAUCUUGAAGAGCUAAAAGAACUUCACCAGGAAGGCAUAGAUCAAAAUGACACCAAAGUUAAGAAGAAGCUUGAUGAAAUCAGAUCAGCUCUAGAUAUGCCCGAAAGCUCCUGGCUGCCUUCAGGCACACCUUUACAAGAUAUCAUACAACCUUUGUACCAAAGAUUGUGCUCUGUUGAAGAGGGUGUUAACUCCCCAUUGGAAACUAUCUCUGAUGAAGAGGUUCUCAGAUCUGCCUCUGGUGGCCUGGCCCUAGAGGGUAUGUACAAAUCUGGGAAUCUGGACGACCUGCUGCAGAAAAGACAUCAACUCCUGGAAGUGCCAGAAUCCUUCAGGCUACGUGGUCCUGAGCACAAAUAUGUUUAUGAGAAAAAGGAAUUUAAUUCCCAGGAAUCUCGAACAAAGUUUCAGAAAGUCAUGGAAAGGCUUGGCGUAAGUUUCAGCAUUUCAUUGAAAAGUACAUUUUUAGGUUUUGAAUCUGAGGUCAAAAUUGAAUAUGAACAUUCUGAAGAAAAAUCCAAAAAAUCGUCUUCUGCACACACAUACAUUUUAAACACGCAAUAUAACUACGUACCACUGGCCUCCUGUUUCAUUGAGAAAGAUCAACUGAAACUGUGCCGCUCUGCCUUGAAUGAGCUGAAAAACAUUGAAUCACUUUUGCUGAAUGUGAAUGAGAAAAAAAAACCUGAGAUGCUGAAUGAGGUCAAACGUUUUUACCAGACAUUUGGGUCACAUGUAAAUCAAGGGCCCCUUCACUUUGGGGGGAUUUUCUGGUGGACAGCUUCAGCAGAAGGUUUCAGCACUAGUGAACUGUCUGAAGUGAAGAGUCUGACAUCUGCUGCUUUGAAUGCGUACGUUGGCGUUGGGUCCUUUCUUGGGUGUUCAGGCGGGGUGAGCGCUUCUCUGUCUCAGAGCAAAGGCUCAUUUGAGGGAAACUAUAGUGCCAGUCUCCUCAGUAAAGUUCAGCUUUCUGUCAGUAAAUCCGGAGGUCCAACUGAAACAGAUGAUUACUUGAAAUGGAAAUCAGGUCUACGGACUUCCAACAAAACUUGGUAUGUAAUUGACAGGGGAGAUACCCUGGUUCCAGUUUGGGACAUCAUCCUAUCUUCCCACAGUCAUGAGUUUGAUAACGCUUCCAAACUGUGCAAUUUCAUCAGGGAAGCAUAUACAGAGAUCACAAAACAGGAUGCAGAACCCAUAUGGGGACAGAAUGUGCUGUUAGCAGUGAUGGAAGCUCAGAAAAUGAUCCAGUCAGUGAAGUUGUGGUCUGUAUCCAAAAGUCAAAUGAAUUUGACUAAAUUGCUAGAAAUCAAGAGAAAACUACAAGAAUACACAGGAGACAGUAAAGCAUGGAUCCAAGAGUGUCUCUCUAGUCGAGACCUUCAAGACUUUUUGACAGAGAUCACUAAAGAAAACACUGAUCUCACCAUGAGGAAGAUGAUGAAAUCUGUAAUGGAUCAGUCAUAUGAUGUUGAAGACUUCCCAAACCGUGUUAAAAUCCUAAAGUGGACACAACACACUGAAGAGGACUUACCCACAGUUACAUCUGCCUCUGAGUUUUCUGACCUGGAGAGAAUACUAAAUGAUGUCAAAGAUUAUUUCUGUAAUCCACAAUCUGUGUCUGACAUGUCUGCUGAGGAAAAGGCUACUUGCACAAUAACCACUGCCAUCAAGUCACUGUGUCAGAGACUAAGAGAGAACAAUGAAACAGACAUAGAGCUGUUGAUUCUUUCCAUAGUUAAUGUUUUAGGAUACAGAACGGAUACAUUUUCUCCUCCACUAGGGGUAAAAGAGAUAGCAUUUUUACAGAGCACUCUCCAUACAUGUUAUGAAGAUUACUUAUCUUUUAAAGAGAGGAGUGAAGACAAGGCUCAGGCAUACUUACUCCUGACAGCACUGACUGUGUCCAGAGACGAACAAAGAAUCUCCCCAGAAGAUAAAGAAGAACGGCUAAAAUUCUUUAUAUCAAAAGCUGGGGACAUUUCGCAUGUUUCUGACCUGAUUGAUAAACAUAAAGACUGGAAAAAACUAGAGCAGGGACUUAACAGGAUUAUCAAUGAGACAAACCAAUCAAAAGAGCAAGAAAUGCUACUGAAGAAGAUUCAGGCCCUGGGAAGUUUAAUGAAACCACUGGAAAGGAAAGAUCGUCCAACCCAACAGAAUGCCUCAGGCAAAACAAAAACAGAAGAACACCCUCCUGUAAAUAACUGGAAGGCAGAGAAACUCAAGGGUUUACUUCAGAGACUGGGACUAUGGGAGUCAUAUCCCAAGAAGAUAAAAAUGGAAGAUGUCCUACUAAUAAGUAAUAUUUCAAGUACAUAUCUGAAUACUAUGGAAAAAGAUCUGUACCAGCAGUAUAUUUACAAACUCAUGAUGCUAGACUGUAGUGCCCGGGAUUUGUAUUGGAAAGCUAAAUCGUCUGAACCUGAACCAACCAUUGCUGAAGAUGCAGGUAGCAGUGAUGAAGAGGAUGACAUUUUCAAAAAAGAUACGUUGUGUGCUGAAGAUGUCUGUGACAUGGAUUCAUCUGUCCACCCCAUGGAUAUUCAUAUGGCGGUUUUUCAUUGUUCAGAUGAUUUUGUGAGGCAGUACAUUUACUCCAAACUCUCCACAUGUCAGUUUGCUUUACCUCUUCUGGUACCAAACCCCUUUUCGGGUGAAAUAGAGUUCCCGGUGUGGGCACUUCGACAAAUCAAAAAGACGUGGCAGAACACACAGCAGCCUAUCUUCAGUGCACAGGUGCCUAUUGUGUCCUUUGUGAGGCUGGGGAGGUCCUCAAACUCAAAGUCUCACAUCCUGAGCAGCAUCAUCAACCAACGGAAACACCCAGUGUUUUUCAACCGACACUGUGCCAGAAGCAUGAGGCACUGCCUCCUUAUGGACGGGGUUGUGGAAAUCACUUGGUACUGUGCAGGAUCCAACGAGAGAGACAUUUUUGACCACUGUGUUGCUUUUGUGAAUCUCCAUGGCGAUGCCAGCCAUCACCGCAGACAGCUCCAGUUUCUGCAGGAAGUGAGUGCUGUCACUGUACUGCUUCUCUCAGAGGAGAAAGCAAGUAAAACUUUCAAAGAACUGCGAAAAUCUCCUACUCCACUAAUUAUGCUCCUCUCUCAUACAGAAAAAGUUCAAGGCAAAAGUCAGAAAAAUAUAAAAAUUGCAGCAAAGAACAGAAAUGAGGCUGAACUAACAGGAGAAAUCAUCUCCAGCAUCAAACAGUGCCUUCCAACUAAAUCAGAGAGGCCUAGCUUAGCAGAUUGCUUGACGAUCGCCAGACAGAAGCAGUUCAGAAUUGAUGAGGACAAUGAAAAAUGUAAAGAGGGAAAAGAGCAGGCUGAGCAUAUAAUUAGUUUUCUGAGGGGAAAGAAUGAAAAAAACAGAAAGGACGAAUUAAUGAACAUAAAAGGGAGGAAUUUGCCAUUGCAAGGUGAACUGUGGGAGAACUGGUGCAGGAAGGACAAGGAGCAAUAUCGCCUGCGCAGCACAGGCGACAGAAGCAAUGAGAUGGUAUUGAGUGACAUAAAAUCUAAGAAACAAGCCAUACGCUUAGAACAACUGAAUAAGGCAUUCCACCUCAGUGAUUUCAUGAGGUCAUUUCUGCGGUGCUUCCACCAGUCAGAAGAAAAUAAGGACCUGUAUAUGUUACAGUGGCUUCAGAUAUUUCUGGAGGAAUAUACCACUGGCUCAUAUCUCCAGGAGAAGGACCAGGAACCAAAAGGUGAGGACAAGAAACCCAAAGAAGUGUCAUUUGGGCUGCAGCAUAUUAUGAGAGAAGUGAGUCAGCUGUACGAGGCAGUUAAUUCAGUAGCCAAGAGUGAGGACUUCACAGAUAUACAGUGUCUUGACACUCUUCCCAGAAUUGGAGCACAGAUGCUGGUUGCAGGGUACCCUCUGGAGCUCAUGGAUGGAGAUGUGGCUCACGUGCCCAUUGACUGGAUCAAGGCUGUUUUUGACAAACUGAUACAAAAACUUGGAGACAAAAAGGUUUUUGUCCUCUCAGUCCUCGGCCUUCAGAGUUCCGGCAAGUCCACUCUGCUAAACACCAUGUUUGGGUUGCAGCUCCCUGUGAGUGCAGGAAGGUGCACCAAAGGUGCAUUCAUGCAGCUGCUGAGAGUUGAUGAAGCGAUGAAGGAACAGCUUCAGUUUGACUUUGUGCUGGUGGUGGACACUGAAGGUCUGCGAUCACUGGAGCGCAGCCCUGAAACCUCUCUGGUUCAUGACAACGAACUGGCCACCUUCAUCAUUGGUGUGGGAAACAUGACGCUCAUCAACAUCAUGGGAGAGAAUCCAUGUGAAAUGCAGGAUAUUCUGCAGAUCUGUGUUCAGGCUUUCAUGAGAAUGACGUAUGUCAAAAUAAAAACAAGCUGCAUAUUUGUGCACCAGAAUGUUGCUGAGACAACUGCCAAUGACAAAAACAGGGAAGGGAGAAGACGCCUUCAAAAGAGACUUGAUGAAAUGACUUGCGUUGCAGCAAAAGAGGAGAAUCUGGACAUUAAAUGUUUUUCUGAUAUAAUUCAUUUUGAUGUGGACCGUCAGGUGUUCUACUUUAAAAAUCUCUUGGUGGGAGACCCCCCCAUGGCUCCUCCUAACCCAUCCUACACCCAGAACGUUCAGAAGCUGAAGGACAAGCUGCUGUCCAUUACCAAAUGCCAGCUGCCCACACUGUCUGGGGUAAAAGAGCGAAUCCAAGACUUAUGGGAUGCUCUUCUGAGAGAGAACUUUGUUUUCAGUUUCAGGAACACCUUGGAGAUUUCUACAUACAGCAAGCUAGAAAAGUCUUAUGGACAAUGGUCAUGGAGCAUCAGAAAGCAUGCUCUGGAGAUACAGCAAACCUGGCACAACAAAAUAAACAGCAACUUGGUGAAUGAGGUGUACAUGUCAGAUCUUACAAGAGAAUUUGAUGAGAUCUAUGCACAACUCACAGAUGAGAUAGAAACAUAUUUUACACGUGAGGAACACCCAGAAAUCCUGGUUAACUGGAGAUGUAAUGUUGAUACAAGGUUUCAAACUUUGAAGGAUAAGCUCAUUGAAGACACACAGAGGAAGUGCAGAGAUUUACUCAACAUCAGAAAGUGCAGAUCAGAACUGGAUGGGAAGAGGUCUGGCUACGAGGCACAAUUGCUCAGAAUGAGUAGAUCUUUGGCCUCAAAACUACAGGACCAAAAACUGACCAGUGAUCAAAUGAGGCUGCACUUUGAUGAACUGUGGACCCAAUGGUUGACAAAAAUAUCCUCAGAGAAACGUCCAGAAAAACAAGUUGAUAUCCAGGCUGUUGUGGAAAGCAUCCUGCACAAUCAAUUCAAAAAGGAAAAAGACAUUUCUCAAAAGAUUAAAAAGCACAAGGAAAUGAUCAGUUUUCAGUUCCAGGUUGACAAAUAUGUUUCACGUUACUGGAUGAAGAGGGUUUUUUCAGUCUUUCAAUCGUCAGAAACUGCAAACAUUAAGAAAGAAGGUCAAAAUAUUACAGAACAAAUAGCUGCAGAUGUACAUAACUACAUUGAAAGGAAAUCAAGGGAAAAUGUGGACUUCAAUGAAAUAUUUAUUCAUGAAAUAUUAGAGAGCAUAUCACAGACUUUGGAGACAUAUGAAAAAAGAGAGAACCACAUAGAACUCGAACCAAUGUAUAAAGUUGACAUCUCCAUUUACAGUUGCACAAAGGCAGUUGAAAGAUUCAGCGAAAUGCAUGCAUAUUUCAAGAGGAGAAAUGAUCUGCUGACAUGCCUCGGUGAGAAGAAGGAGGAAUAUUUCCAGUAUUUUAAAGACUCUUGUGACGGAGCAACCUCUGUCACGAUUUUUGCCAAUUUUCUGUGCAAUUAUCUCAAAUCAGCAAUAGAACAGCAAAUGUACCACAAAGUCAGCCUUCAAAUUGUGGACCAAAUGAAACAUAACUACCCAGCUUUCAAUGGAAACAGAGCUAACCUGGAGGAUCACAUACUGAAAGAGCUUGCUAAGAAAGAGAAGUUUGACCCGUAUGUGGAGUACCUCGAGCGUCCAAAAGAACACUUUGAAAAGUUCAUCAGGGGAAGGGUGGAGGAGUACUGCAGAGACCACCAGAGUUUAACAUCACAUCUCCUCAACAGAAACUUGAAAAUGUUGGUUGAAAAGACUUUGACCGAAAGUUCCAUUGUGACUUCAGAACUUAAGGAGAAGGAGGGAACUAUCGCAAUGUGGCUUGAGAAAUUCUGCUCUAAACUUGGGAGUUUUAUUUCCAUCUCAAGAGCGAAUUUCAAAAACAUUGAAUGCGAGGGCACUGGAAACCUGUCGUUUCUCCAGGACAUGAUGGCUAAGUCACUUUCAGACAUGCAGGAACAGACAGAACAAGAAAUAAAAGCUUCAAGCCUUGACUUUAAAAUGUUCCAGAACAGACCAGAUGACAUUCUAAUCGACCAGCUCAGCGGAUGCUGGGAGCAGUGUCCCUUCUGCAAAGCCAUCUGUACAAACACUAUGGCUGGUCAUGACACUGACCACAGUGUGAAAUUUCAUCGCCCAAAAACGCUCGGAGGAUGGAGAUAUAGGGGAACCCAAGAGUUUUCGGUUGACUUUUGCACCACAGCAGUCAGUGGUAAUUCACACUUCUAUAAUCGUGAAGGCAAAUUGACGCCUUUUAAAGAGUACAGAAAAGCAGGCCCCCCUUUUGACAAAUGGUCAAUCAAGCCAGAUUCUUCUGAAAAACUCUACUGGAAGUGGUUUGUGUGUGUCUUCAGGAAUAAACUGCAGGAGAAAUUUGGAUAUAAGUUUGAGGGCAGAGGUGAAAUUCCACGUGACUGGGAAAAAAUUAGUAAGCCUGCUGUGCUGAAAGAACUGGACGUGUGAAUAUGAAUCCAAACUCAGGCCAGCAAGGAUUCAGCAGACUGAGGGAUACAGAUGAUCACUCCAACAAGAUAACUUCACAUGUUUAGUGGCAUCAUGUACCAGUUAUUUUAAUGUUGAUCAUUUUAACCAAUCAAGUUGUAAUGUCUGCAAUAUUAAUUUUGUAUUAUGAAACUGAUCUUACUAAGUGUAAUUGUUCAUUUCAGUUAACCAUAAAGAAAAGCUGAUAUAAUUACAUAUAAUCUAGAUGUUUUUCUGAUCAGAUUUCUCUGUGGAAGUUUUACACAAAGCAAGUUUGGACAUGGUGUGGAGCACAUGGUGAGAAGGAUGACACUGUGCCAUAACAGAGAAUUUAAAAGUAAUUUUAUCAGCAUUAUUCAUCUAUGGAGGCCAUUCAGGCCCUAAAAGCAUGCAUGUAGACUAGAGUGGAAUCUUUCUCAACAGAUCUCAUUAAGAUAAAAUUGUAGAUUGCACAUUGCUAAUCAUGAUUAUUCAGAAAUAUGUGUAAUUUGUUUUGUAUUCUAUUGAUGUUAUGAUGGAAAAAAGUUGCAGAGUCAUUUAACUGUGAAUAUUAAACAGCAUAUCUCAUUUCUGACAUUAGCAUUACCCUGUACUGCGUUUUAUAACACAUUCUGAUUAUCCAUCUCAGACACAACUGUCAAGGCAUUUAUAAAUGAAAUCCUGCUUAACGAAAACUUUAAAAUCCAACCUUCGUUUGAAAGCUGAAGACAUUGUGUGUAGAACUGGUUAUGGCUCUCACCAUUUUGCUAUGAGUUUCUUUAUAAUGUACAGCUGCGAGACAGUUCUGAAUCUGAAAAAGAGUCUUUGUGUUUUGUUUUUAUAAUAAGCGACAGAUCUUUUGACACUUUUAUUACAUUUACAGCCUUCAUGUGAUGUACAAGCUGUCCAAGACAUUGUGUGAAACAAUAUUUUAACAUUAGUUGGGACUGUCUGUUAGUAUAGUGGAUUACAGCUUGUGGGAAUAUGCUUAUGGGAAAUAAGAAUCUGUGUAGUAUUUCUAGUCACUUGUUGGUUUAUUUUGGUCGCUGGUUUAUUUUCUUUGCAGGCAAUUUCGGUUGUUUGACUGUCUGCUUCAUCAUUGAUGGCUUUCUGAAUGCUGUAAGAAUGAGACGAGCAACGCCAUAUCCUGCUGAAAUGUCUUGCAUUUAACAUUAAAGAAAUUCUUAAGUUUUA